AUGGACGGCGGCGUGCUCGCCAUCCUGGUGAACGUGAGCUUCGUGGCCGUACUGGCCAUUGCCUUCUUCAUGAUGCGGCGCAAGCUCAUUCGAGUGCACACACGGCGGCUUCGCGAGCUGGCGGCGCCGCUGCUGGGCAAUCCCUUGACUACGAACGACCACCGCCUCGAUACAGCCACGCGUGAGGCCGAAAAGGGCUUCGAAGUGUGCGCUGUGUGCGAGUUUGAGAACUUCAAGGACGCGCUCUUCUGCUCACUUUGUGGAGAACGCAUGAAGAAGCUCGAGGCGUCCGAUAACAGCAAUAAGAACAAGAGAAAGCGCCGUCGAAAAGAAAAGAAAGACCGCAAGACAAACGAGAGAGCAACUAUUCUGCCGCGCCACUUGACGGAGCGCCAGCUUCGUGCCAGGAAACGCAAGGAAUGGACACGAAAACUGGACGUCGAGGGCAACAUGUUCUGGUUCCGUGUAAAGGAAGGAAGCGGGCCUAUUGUGCCAGCACGUGUGGGCAAAGUCAUCCGGUUUGUGAAGCCCAACGAGAAUCUGAAAAUGCCUGGACAAGUGAACGGGCCGAUUGCGAUACAGAGCGAGGUGGCUGUCGUGGAGCCGGCUAAAGCGAAGGUGUUUAAAGAGAUGGCUGAUAUGGAUAUCAUUCCAGCCACGAAGUGGGAUGCAGCAGCGCGUGCAACGGGAGAAGUGUUGGAGGACGACACGCAGACAGGUGUCGAGCGUCGUCGUGAGACGCUCGAACUAGCAGCGAAGGAUUUUCCGUCGAAGUACGCUUAUUUUGUCAAAACCACGGCAUCACUGCUAGUCCCGCCCGAGGUCGAGUUCCUCAAGCUGUCGCUUCACAGAGAUUACAUGUUUGAGGAGUCGAUGGAACAUCUUGGGUGCAUAGAGGAGAAGUACAUUCGCUCGGCGAUGCGUAUCAACUUCCUGGAGGAAAACGGAGUGGACGCUGGUGGACUACAUCGCGAGUGGUUCAUGAUGCUGACGGAGUUGCUGACGGAUCCGGAAACGGGGCUGUUCAAGGCUACGAAUGGGGAAGACCGGGCGUUCUUCCUGAACUCAAACUCUCGCUACGACAAUGGCGAGGAGCAUCUGAUUUACUUGUAUGGAGCAGGGAGGUUGUUGGGACGAGCGCUGUUGGAGGGCACGGUGCUUAAUUUCCACUUGUGUGUCCCACUGCUCAAGCUCAUUUUGGGGACACCGCUAUGCAUGGACGAUGUUAAGUAUUUCGACCCAGAAGUGUACCAGAGCAUGACGUGGAUGCUGGAGAAUGACGGUGUGGAAGCGCUGGACUUGGACUUCAGUGUAAUGGAGCGUGUCGGUGACCGCACAAUGACAGUCGACCUCAUUCCUAACGGACGCAACGUCGAGGUGACCGACGCCAACACACACGAGUACUUGGAACGUAAGUUUGAGCAUCUGCUGUUACGCAGCGUUGCUGACCAGCUCUACGUCUUCCUCAAGGGCAUUUACGAGGUUAUCCCAUUGCAUUUGCUGGUACUGUUCGACUACGAAGAACUGGAUUAUCUCAUGUGCGGCUCCCCAGAGAUCGAUGUGGACGACUGGGAGAAGAACGCUUCGGUGGCUGAGAGUGUGGCACGGUCCCCGACACUCGCUUGGUUCUGGGAGAUUGUAAGGGAAAUGCCCAAUGAGUACCGACGACGUCUACUACAGUUCACUACCGGCUGCUCGCGGGUGCCGCUUGUGGGCUUCAAGGGGCUGACCAGCUACGAUGGCAAGGUCUGUCUGUUCACGAUCCGCGGAAUUGUGGGAGCGCCAGACGAGUUUGUGCGCAGCUACGCGUGCUUCAACCGACUGGACUUGCCGCUGGGUAUCUCACGCUCCGAGCUCAAGCGCAUGCUAUAUGCCGUGCUAGACACUGAGCAAUAUGGCUUCACGACGGACUGA